AUGUGUGCUCCCAUCAUCCGCGACCCCUUCGAACACGAGGAGGACAUCGAGCAGGACGAAGACAUCCGCGACAGCGACCCCAUCAACCAAGAGGCCGCGGCGCUGCGAAUGUGGCGAAUGGACACAGCCCCACCUGUUCCCAACCGGCCUGACCAGGAAAGUGAAGAAGAUUACAGGGGCAUGGACGCAGAAACCAGAGAUGACCAGGGUGGAAGGGAGAGCCAACUUGAUAGUAAUCGAGCUGGCCGGUCAAUUGGUCAGCCGAUGAAUCAGUAUAGCUCUGAAGAUGAGGAGGAUGAUUGUGAUGAGGAGGAGGAGGAUGAGGACGAGAAUGAGAAUAAACAAGAAGGAGAUGAAGCGGAUGAAGAGGAAUACGGCGACGCUGACAGCGACCCUGACCACCACCAACACCGAUAUGGGGAAGAUGAAAAUGUGUGCAUCCUCCCCGAAUGCCCUGAAAGACUUCUCCUCAUUCAAGAACGGCUAGUGAUCCGCCGUGACUUCUUCAGCGACGCGAUGGUGAUAAUACAUGGCAAAUAUGCGCACUUUUUGGAUGUGUUCGAGACGGGGCGCAGGGACAUAUUCGUCAGUGACAUAACCUCCCCCUGA